GCCACACCACGUGUUGUUUUGGCGCCUCACACAUUUCGCGCCUGUGACGUCUAAAUAAACCGGAUGAUGCCUCGUUUUUACAGAAUAAGUUGACGUUUUUAAUCAACGGUUUUUAUUAAAUUGACAAGAGUUCAGGGGUCUAUUUAAUAAUGAAGUACAUACUGGUGACAGGAGGUGUGAUAUCUGGCAUUGGUAAAGGCAUCAUAGCCAGCAGUGUGGGCACAAUACUCAAAUCGUGUGGUCUGCAUGUCACUGCUAUUAAGAUCGACCCCUACAUUAAUAUUGACGCAGGCACUUUCUCUCCAUAUGAACACGGGGAAGUAUUUGUGCUGGAUGAUGGCGGUGAGGUUGACUUGGAUUUAGGGAACUAUGAACGUUUUCUAGACAUCCGACUAACCAGGGAUAACAAUCUGACCACGGGGAAGAUCUACCAGUCUGUUAUAACAAGGGAGAGAAAAGGGGAGUAUCUGGGGAAAACGGUUCAAGUGGUACCUCACAUUACUGAUGCUAUUCAGGAAUGGGUUAUGCGCCAGGCUAAAGUCUCAGUGGACGAUGAUGGUAUUGAACCAGAAGUCUGUGUCAUUGAGCUUGGAGGUACAGUUGGGGAUAUUGAGAGCAUGCCUUUUAUUGAGGCUUUUAGGCAGUUUCAGUUCAAAGUGAAACGGGAGAACUUCUGUAACAUCCAUGUCAGCCUGGUUCCUCAGCCUAGCUCCACAGGAGAACAGAAGACCAAACCCACACAGAACAGCGUUCGAGAGCUGCGUGGACUUGGCUUAUCUCCGGAUCUGAUUGUCUGUCGUUGUUCCACUCCAUUGGAGACCGCUGUCAAAGAGAAAAUCUCCAUGUUUUGCCAUGUAGAACCUGAGCAGGUGAUCUGCAUACAUGAUGUCUCUUCCAUCUACAGAGUACCUUUACUCUUGGAGGAUCAGGGCAUAGUUGACUACUUCUGCCGCAGGCUGCAUUUGCCUGUCGAAAUGAGGCCAUGUAAAAUCCUUACUAAGUGGAAGGAGAUGUUAGACAGAUCUGACAGACUCUUAGACCAAACGUCUAUCGCUUUAGUGGGAAAGUACACCAAACUCUCAGAUUCAUAUGCUUCAGUGAUUAAAGCACUGGAGCACUCUGCCCUGGCCAUUAACUGUAAGCUAGAGGUCAAGUACAUAGAUUCUGCUGACCUGGAGCCAGCUACAUUGCAGGAGGAGCCGGUGAAGUAUCAUGAGGCUUGGCAGAAGCUCUGCAGUUCUGAUGGAAUUCUUGUUCCUGGAGGCUUUGGCAUACGAGGUACUGAGGGGAAAAUCCAAGCCAUCAACUGGGCGAGGAAACAGAAAAAGCCAUUUUUAGGUGUUUGUUUGGGCAUGCAGCUGGCAGUGUGUGAAUUUGCUCGUAAUGUACUUGGUUGGGAAGAUGCCAAUUCUACAGAAUUUGAUCCUGAAACAAAACAUCCUGUGGUGAUUGAAAUGCCAGAGCACAAUCCUGGGGAUAAGGGGGGAACCAUGCGGUUGGGAAAAAGGCGGACUUUGUUUAAAAGCACUUCUAGUAUUAUUCGAAAGCUGUAUGGAAAUGCUGAGUUUGUGGAUGAAAGGCAUCGUCAUCGCUUUGAGGUGAAUCCAGAACUGAAGCAUCACUUCGAGGAGAAAGGGUUCAGAUUUGUGGGGGAAGAUCUGGAGGGGGAACGAAUGGAGAUCAUUGAACUUGAUGAUCAAUCUUAUUUUGUUGGUGUGCAGUACCAUCCAGAAUUCACCUCUCGUCCCAUUAAACCAUCACCACCUUAUUUUGGCCUUCUACUGGCAUCAUCUGGGAAGCUACAGAACUACCUGCAGAAAGGAUGCAGACUCUCACCUCGGGAUACUUACAGUGAUCGGAGUGACAGCAGUUCACCAGACUCUGAGAUCUCUGAAAUUAAAUUCCCAUCACUUUCUUGAAAGGGUCACCCACAUGAAUUCAGUAUUCAAAAAAAUUAUGAAUUUAAAUAAAUGACAAUAAAAGAGUAAUUUGA